CUGAUCCGAACAUCAAUAGAAAGCUUUUUCAAAGUCUUGACGUAGACCACGCCACCCUCCGCUAACCGCUUUCUCUCCCUCCCAAGUUAAUCUCAAUAUCCUUCAUCAUUUGUCAUCGAGCAGGCAUCGUUGUCGGACGGCUCUUCUAGGUCUGUGCAGUUCGACUGUAUCUAUUAUUCGAGGUCUUGCAACAGAGACACAUUUGUAUAGCAUACCUGUAAACAACUGAGGUUACCUCUUGUGUAAGCACUGAGCUACUAUUUCUUACCAAGUAACCAACUCACAACCUCACCACGGUUUUGCUAAAUACUUCAAACCAACAGCUUUAAGUGACUAUUUUCAAACGAAACGCUCUUUUAAAAUUAUACAACUUUCUGCUGGCGAUUUUCUUUUCAUUUCGUUUCGGCGACCAUUUUAGUGUGAACUUCAAUCGGAUCCCUGAAAUCGAAAAUUUCCUGGCUGAGAUUCGGAACCUUUGCAAAAUUCGAUUGGGACGGAGAAUUUUUACCUGUCCAUCUGCUGCUUCUUUUGCUGCUGCUGUGCAACAGAUACUGCUGCUUCAGCUGGUGUUGUUACUGCUGCUGCGCUCACAGUUUACACCUGUGUCUGUCUAUAUAACUGACCAAUUUCAAAACAAUACGCACAUACAUAUAUCUACAUACGUAUACGCGUCCUAUUGAUUUUAUCAUAUAUAUCUGCAUCUAUAUACAUAUAUACGCCAGUGUGUCUAUAUAGGAAGACACAGGAAAGUAACACAUAACAUAAAACGGAACCUGGUCCGGGAUUUGUACCACUACAAGCUGGGAUCUUACCAUUUAUCACUGUGUAGCGACUUUCUCAUUUCCGUAUACACACAUUUGAAUAUCCGUUUUAUACUCCCACAUACACAUCCGUACAUAUCCACCGUCACCUGUCCAUCUAUCUUUUAUUAACACCACCACGACCAACAGCAGCAUACGCACAUAAUCCGAAAACACCCACAAACGCUCCCAAGAAAAUACCCAUAUACUACCCAGCCCAGUUACCCACCUAUAUAUAUAAAUAUUAUAUGAUAUACAAAUGCAUAUAUAAUACUUAACCAUAGACACACAACACUUUAUAUAUAUUAUAUAUACAUACUUACACACAUAUAUACAAAUAUCCAUUCCCACAUUCGUGUAUAUAUACAUAUAUUUAUUUAACAAAAGUACGUCAGGCUGUAUUCACAUCUGGAGUAAUCCUAUUGCCGUGAUUUCGCUUUGAAAGAUUCUUCAAUUUUCCCGCCAUGGAGAACGAAUCAAGCAAUUCGGGGAAGGUGAACACUCACGUUUUCGUUAGUAGCCCUGAUGAAGACACGAGUCGUGCUGGACACCUGAAAAAAUUCGGCAAACAAUUCGGGAAGAGAUGCUUGUCAGCGGGCAAAGAAAACCUUCUGCUGAUCUUGUUGUUAGGGUCCGUGAUUUUCGGAUGCGCCGUCGGUUUCCUCGUUCGCGCCGUACGGCCGUCAAUGAUGACAAACAAACGUGAAGUGAUGUACCUGAUGUUCCCCGGUGAAAUGCUCAUGAGGAUGUUGCGUAUGUUAAUUUUACCCCUCAUCAUGUCCAGUCUCAUCUCAGGAAUUGCUGGUCUCGAUGCUAAAACCUGUGGUAAAAUGGGCUUAAGGACUAUCGGCUAUUUCGCGUCCACCACAAUCAUCUCUGUGGUGACUGGAAUUAUCAUGUGCGUAACAAUUCAGCCUGGAAGUGGCAAGAGCUCCGAAAAACUGAAACGAUAUGGUUCAACCAAGAGAGUUAACUCCGUUGAUACCUUCCUGGAUUUAAUCAGAAAUAUGUUUCCAGAUAAUAUCAUAACAUCCUGCUUCGACUCAUUCCGUACAGAAGAGGUCCUGGAGGAACCACCUGUGGUAGAGAAUGCCACAGACAUCUUCACAUCCACCAUCUCCUCUCUGGCCCUCAGCACACAGAACCUAACAUUCAUGAACGACACAGUGAAACAAGUGUACGUACCCAAGGCUGGCACCACCGGACAAACCAAUGUUCUGGGUGUUGUUGUAUUCUCUGUAUUGAUGGGUGUCACCCUGGGCAGAAUGGCUAUCCGAGGUAAACCCUUACUGGAUGUCUGUAAUUGCAUCAAUGAAGCCACCAUGAAAUUAUUUAAAAUCUUCAUCUGGUAUUCCCCACUUGGUAUCACAUUCUUGAUUGCUGCCAAAAUUGUGGAGAUGAGAGAUUUUGGGGUUCUUCUGGGAAAGGUUGGUCUUUACUUCAUUACAGUUCUGUGUGGUCUUGCAGUACAUGGAGCUUGUAUUCUUCCGGCCCUCUAUUUCCUAUGUGUUCGGAAGAACCCUUACAAAUUCAUUGCUGGUAUCUUUCAAGCUAUGGCUACAGCUUUUGGAACUUCAUCCAGUUCUGCCACUUUACCAGUAACCCUGCAUUGUUUGGAACAUAACUGUGGUGUUGACCCCAGAGUAAGCAGUUUUGUCAUCCCCGUUGGAGCCACAAUCAACAUGGACGGUACCGCACUUUAUGAAGCAGUUGCCGCUCUUUUCAUUGCGCAGGUCAACAAUUUAUCUAUGGACUUCGGACAGAUUGUAACUAUCAGCAUUACAGCCACUGCUGCCUCUAUUGGAGCCGCCGGAGUCCCACAAGCUGGUCUCGUGACCAUGGUUAUUGUGCUAUCAGCCGUUGGUUUGCCGACCGAUGAUAUCACCCUCAUUCUUGUUGUUGAUUGGUUCUUAGAUCGAUUCCGUACCAUGAUCAAUGUCGAAGGUGACAGUUUGGGCGCAGGAAUUGUCUACCAUUUGUCCAAACAGGAGUUGGCGGUAGCAGAGAAGGAAGGUGAAGAGGGAGCACUGACCCCUUUCACUGGGAUAGACGACAAGAAACCAAAUGGCACGGACAGUGCAGCUAUCACAGCAGUGUAGAGACAUUCCUAUCAUAUAUGCAUAAAUAUAUACACAUACAUAUACACACACGUUCAUACACUUAGACACACACACACACACGCAUACACAUACACUGCCAUGCGCACAUUAGUAUACCAAUACGCAUACAAACACAUACACACACACAUAUAUAUAUAUAUAUAUAUAUAUACAUGGACAUACACAAAUGAUUGCAUCAACGCGCGUACAUGCAUAAACAUUCAGUGGCAAAUACGUGGACGCACGCACGCACACGCACGCACAAGGUCAUACAUUAUCACUAUGCUGAAAAGUACUUUAAACAUAAAAUGAAAAUAGAAAAAAAUAUAAACAGAAAAAG